UUACCCUCCAGAUUUGGUUUGUCCCGAAACAGAAAAUCAUGGCGAUUGAUGGCGGGGGGAGGAGCUGUGGGGCGCAUGAGUUUAUCUGUGCCAGACGAGUGUCUCCUGAGCUGCUCGGCCUCCUGUCCUCCAUUGGAGCAUUCAUGGCCCUGAUGGCUCUUUUUUUUCUUUACCUCAGCAACAAGCUGUCAAUGGAGAACAACAGCAAUCUGUCAUGCCUCAAUGACUUUAAAAAGGACCAGCAAGAGCCAGAGAGAUGAGAUAAUCUAGUGGGCAGUGUCAAUAGUAGCUCCAGCAAAGAUGGCCUUCUUCAAGAGCUUCCAGCAGAGCCUGCCAUCAGUGAACAUUUCUUCCAUCUUGGACUCUGUCAGCAGCCGUGUGGACGACCUUGCUAGUGCCGUUAGUGAUGCUACCUACACAGUCAGUGACCAGCUUACUGAGCAGGUCACCACUAUCAUCAACAAGGUCCAGGAGGAGGAAGAGGUCGGGGGAGCAACUCAGGAGGAAAAAGUGACCCGCAAAAGCAAAAAGCAGGCCUCCAAAGACACUGAGGCCAGUACAGACGUGAACAAUUCAGACUCUACAGAAGGAGAGUAUACUCCAAGUCAGUUAGAAUGGGAGUGGAGAGAUGGAUGCUGGAGAGUAAAAAAACCUGGAUUGAGUAAUGCAAAAGAGGAAAAAGAAAAAGAGGAGAAGAUAAAAAAGGAGGAUGAGGAAUAUAUGUACUCAAACUCCAGCAGCAUGUAUAAAAUGACUGUAGAAAAAACACAAAAUAGCCAUCAGGAGACCAUAGAGAAAGAUCAUGUGAAUGAAGAGGCCAGCUUUUCUAAAGAGGGCAACAAGAAAGAUAUAUUGAACGAAUCUGCCAAAAACUGUGAGAAUAGUAUAUCUCUUAGCUCUGAGGAGGAAAGAAAGACUUUGAAACAGAAUAAGUGUGGAGCUAAAGUUGAAGAGCCAAGAUUUCAAAAAAAGAUGAACACAAAAGGGGAGUUUGAGGAAAAUGAGGGCAACUCCCCUACUCAAGACAAAAAGAAGACAGACACCAAAAAAAGCAAAGGCUCAAACGAGGACUCGGAGAAAGCAGAAAAAUCUAAGUAUAAAAAGAAAAACAUGAAUACAAGUAAGAAGAAACUCGAUACAGACAAGUCCCAUCCAGAGGGGGGUUUGUCUGACAGCGAGGAAGAGUGGCCAGUGAGAGGGCCUGAGGUGCCGGCGCAACAUCACACCUCGACUAACAGACCCAAAAACGUCACAGAGCAUGAGGGCUACAGCAGUGUAGCCUCUCCUGGACAUGCCAACAGUAUCCAACGGAUCCAGAGGGACUUUACCCUGAAUGAGUUACACCCUCCUCCCUACCAGGACAUGGAUGUGCCGGCUCACAAGUCCCGUCAGAGGGGGUCAUCUGCAGAGGAGGGCAGUGUCAGGACCUGCCACUCCAGUGAGGCAAGCUUGGACCAGGACACCGAUAGUUAUCUCAACAAGGGCUACGAGGAGGAUGUUCCAAGUGACAGUACUGCUGUACUAGGCCCAGAAGAUGGCUCAGCCCCUCAGCUACCCAUGGCAUAUGAGCCAGAGCCUCUGGCCAAGUAUGGCACUCUGGAUGUAGCCUUUGAGUACGACUCUGGUGAGCAGUGGCUGGCAGUCACCGUCACCGCAGCCACCGAUAUCCCAGCCCUCAAACAGAUGGGCAACAUCUCCUGGCAGGUACACCUGGUUCUGCUGCCCACCAAGAAGCAGCGGGCCAAGACAGGGGUGCAGAAGGGCCCAUGCCCUGUGUUCACAGAGACCUUCCGUUUCUCCCGUGUGGAACAAGAGGCUCUUGGACACUAUGCGGUACGGUUCCGCCUCUACAGUGUACGGCGUAUGAAAAAAGAGAAGGUGCUGGGAGAAAAGGUCUUCUACCUGACCAAGCUCAACUUGCAGGGCAAGAUGGUGUUGCCUGUCACCUUGGACCCCGGCUCGACACUAACAGGUUGUGGCUCUCUGGUGAGCAUGUCUCGCAGUGCGGGGGCCUUGUCCUACCGAUCCACAGGAGACUCGUCCUGUCCAGAGAUUUUACUGGGACUCAUCUACAACUCCACCACAGGACGACUCUCUGCUGAAGUCAUACAGGGCAGUCACUUCAAAAACACAGCUUCAGAGAAGCCUACCAAUGGUCUGUUAUGUUGUAUAAAAGAGUUCAUUGGGGGGCAGCUCUAUAUCAUGAGAGAUACCUAUGUGAAGCUGACCAUGGUGGACUCCAAAGGCAAGGAGAUGUCCAAGUGUAAAACAGCGGUGUGCCGUGGCCAACCUAACCCCACCUACAAGGAGACCUUUGUGUUCCAGGUGGCACUGUUCCAACUGUCCGAGGUCUCCCUGGUUGUGACUGUUUUUUGGAGACGGAGCAGCAUGAAGCCGAGGGAGAAGCUAGGAUGGGUCUCCCUUGGCCUCAACAGCACUGGGGAGGAGCAAGAGGCCCACUGGACUCAGAUGAAAGAGGCAGAGGGACAGCAGGUGUGCCAGUGGCACACACUCAUGGACACAUAGGAGGAUGUUUUGAGGAGGAAGAUUAGGAAGUUUCUGGUGACCCUGGAUCUUGAGUUGACACGCUCAAGUUGUAGACAAAAGACGACGUAACCACUCCCUUAUACGUGUAAGAGAAUGCAACUCAAGGUUGAAGCACAGAGAUUAACUUUCUUUAUUGAUAGAUUGCAUUAAUACCCUUUAAUCCAUAAACCAGACACUUCACUUGAGACAUACUGGUGUAGAUUUAAGCUCCUAGGCCAGAUAAAUCACUAACUAAUGGGGAUCUUAAUUUUUCUCAGUUGCUUUGGUAAAUUGCUCGAAUCAAUCUUAACAUUUACAAAACAUAAAGUGCAUUUCUCAAAUCAAUUCGUACAAGCUGCAACACAAUGGAUUGGUAGCAAAAGCCUGUAACGUCCUCAAAAUUCUUAGUUCAGUGCCAUCCGAAUGAGAAGUCCUUGUUUCAUUGUUCACAAACAAGACAGUCAAAAUGCUUAGCCAUGUUGACAAUAAAACUGUCUAUUCUUUAAGUAGUCUCUGAUGUAAACUAUGGCUGAGGUUUUGAUGACAAUUAUUGAAAAUGCCCAAAGCUGCAGUCUUUUUGUAUGGCACAUAUCAAUUUAAACAUAAGUUUCACAUUACUUACCGUAUGUGGGAGAUUGAUUGCAAAAGACAGGAUUCACAUUUACACUUUUACUUUUUGUACUGUAACUUGUUGACAGACCAUGUAAUUGCGAUACAGAAAAAAAGACAAAACUGUUAUACAGCAUUGCAUAGCACAAUUAUUUUUGGUAGUAAUGUAAGCAUAGAAAACACCCCUUGGGCAGAACUGUACAUGCAGCUCUGUAUGGGGAUGGACAAUUAUGUUUUGGGGGGUAAGACUAUUUAAUAGUGAACCAGUAAAUUUUGAUCAACAUGACAUAAGCGAUUGAUAAUGUAGGAAACAGCAAACAAUUGUACGUAUUCAUUUGCAUGAAUGUACCUAAGCAUAGUUUAAAAGGAGACAUUGAUUUUAUGAUGUGUAGAGAGAUGAUGUGGAGGUUGAACAAAUAGUUUUGAGAAUUUCCAUUGUGAUCUGAAAAAUUUACCAACGUGACUGAGAACAACUGUUAAUGGACUCAAUAGUGUUUCAAUAUAUAUAUGUUUUGCAUGUCAUUGUUUACAGAGAAUGAUCAGGAGGCUUCCAUUACUUGAACAAUGAACUAUUUGUAUCUUGAAUUUUUACCAAAGAUUGGUAUUGUCCACAAGAAAAUCCUUGUUUCUUCCUACUUUGAUGGACACCAGCAUAUUUUUCUGCCACAUUUCCCUACCAGUACCUGGAAAAUAACAUUUUGUAUGGGUUACAAUGAUUGCUCAGUCAGGGCCUGGCAUGCUGCAAAUAUCCCCAAAGUAUUUACUUUGACAAUACCAUUUGCUAACAUGUGACAUUAAUGCAACAUUCUUCAUUCAUUUUAAUAUAUUUUUGGCUGUUACAACUGUUUAAUCUAUGAGUGUAUGGCCAUGUGUCUUCCAUGCAUGUGUUCACUAUUGAAGUGCAAAAAUAUGGUCUCAGAUUAUACAAAAAGGUCAACUGUCUUUACCAUAAUUGGAAAUAGGCAUUGCAGAAGUUAAGGUUGCUAGGUUUCUCAAUAUUUAAAACAUUAGGUUUAUGCUGAAUCAAACACUAUACUACUUUCAGUGAAUUACGGAGAGAGCCUGUUUCACCACAGCCUUCUGACUGUUUCAUGUAGAUGUGAUGCUCCCCUGAUGAGUGGAACUUUUAUGACAGGCAAGGGACCAGCGCUAACAUUCUUAUCUAUAGAUACUGUUCAGCUCUUUUUCACUAUAGUGUGUUUGUGUGGAUAAAUUGAAGAGCUAAGCGGGUGAGAAAAGAACAACACCCAUGCUCCACUAACAGUAGACCCCAUCUUAUAUACAGUUUUAUACAAAGGUUUGGGCACCUCUGGUAAAAAAAAAUUGUUACUGUGAAUAGUUAAGUGAGGGGAAGAUGACCUGAUCUCCAAAAGGCAUAACGUUAAAGGUGAUACAUUCUUUUCAACAUUUUAAGCAGAAUUAUUGUAUUAUUUUAGUUUUGUAAAAUUUGUAAAAAGAGUGGAAAAAAAGAAAGGAGCACCAUGAAAGGUUGGGGCACCCCAAGAGAUUUGAGCUCUCAGAUAACUUUUACCAAGGUCUUAGACCUUAAUUAGCUUGUUAGUGCUAUGACUUGUUCUCAAACAUCGAAAGGAAAGCCCAGCUUUAUAAAUACUGACUCCUUAAACCUUGUCCGAAAAAUCUGCAGUCAUGGGAUGCCUAGCACUCUGAAAAUUAAAAUAAUUCAUACCCACAAAGCAGAAGGCUGUAAGUUAGCAAAGCGUAUUCAGGUAGCCAUUUCCUCAGUUUGUAAUGUAAUUAAGAAAUGGCAGUUAACAGGAAUGAUGGAGGUCAAGUUGAGGUCUGGAAGACCAAGAAAAUGUAUAGAGAGAACUGCUCGUAGGAUUGCUAGAAAAGCUGAUCAAAACCUCAGUUUCACCUUCAGGUACAUUUCGCACUCUGAAAUGGUGGUGCACUGUUCUACUGGACAGUGACACCUGCACAAAUAUGACCUUCAUGGACGAGUCAUGCGAAGAAAACCUUUCCUGUGUCUUCACCACAAAAUUCAGCAUCAGAAGUUUGCAAAGGAACACCUAAACAAACCUGAUGCAUUUUGGAAGUCCUGUGGACACUGAUGAAGAUAAAUUGAACGUUCUGGCUGCAAUGAGCAAAGGUAUGUUUAGAGAAAAAAGGGUGCAGAAUUGAAAAGAACACCUAUCCAAAAAGCACGGGGUGGAUCAAUCAUGCUUUGGGCUUGUGUUUCAGCCAGAGGCAAGGGGAAUAUUUCACAGGUAGAGGAAAGAAUGGCUUUAAUUAAAUUCCAGCAAAUUCUGGAAACAAACAUCACACCUUAUGUAAAAAAGCUGAAUAUUAAAAGAGGAUGGCUUCUGCAACAGGAUAAUGAUCCUAAACACACCUGAAAAUCCACAAUGGCCUCAAGAGGCGCAAGGAUUUUGAAGGUUUUGCCAUGGCCCUUGCAGUCCUCCGACCUAAACAUAAAAAAUCUGUGGAUAGAUCUCAAAAGAGCAGUGCAUGCAAUACGGACCCAGAAUUACACAGAACUUUUGCAAGGAAGAAUGGGUGAAAAUCCCCAAACAAGAAUUGAAAGACUCUUAGCUGGCCUCAAAAAGUGUUUACAAGCUGUGAUACUUGCCAAAGAGGGUGUUACUAAGUACUGACCAUGCAGGAUGCCCAAACCUUUGCUUUGGGCACUUUUUAUUUUUUUGAAACUGUAAAACAUGGAAAUAAAAAUGU